GCGCGAGCCACACCCCUCUCCUCCCUCCACGUCACCUCCGGCGCCCCCGGCAUGCCCUGCGUGGUGCUGUGCGAGCAUCCGAGAUGGCCGACCUGUCGCUGGACGAGAUCAUCAGGAAGCGCGGCAUCCAAGUGAAGGGCAGAACUGGGCCCCGACCCACAAAUGUUAACCUGAGGGCCAGACUGGGUGACACUGUCCCUGCACCAUACAGCGGGCGCGUCAACCAGGGCCCAUCCGGGGUGUGGCCUUUGUUGUCUCGCCCCUUCGACGCCCGGGCCAGGCUGGGCACGAGCGAUGUACGGCCACAACCACUGCUGGUGCGGGAUGCUCGCGAGAGGCUGGGAUCAGCAAAAAUUGUUGACGCACGGGCGAAGCUGACAAACAAGCCGCCCACGCAACGGGUGAUGGAUGCACGGCAGAAGCUGUUGAGUGCCCGCAGAGGUCUGGGUGGGCCUGUGGCAGGGCCGGUGGUGGGAAGCGCACCCGCAAGGGUUGAUAACAGGAUGGCAGAUGCCCGCCUCAAACUGAGCGGCAGUCGCAAUGGAGUCGCUGCGCCCGCUCAAAAUUUUGCUGCCGUCACGCCGCAGUUUACUCAAGGAGCUGCACCGGUCUUCCGCCAUGGGUUGGGCCUCAGCAAGACCAUUAUGAAAUCUGGACCAGGGAUAAAACCUCAGACUGGACAGCAGGCUUCCACAGGUGUCCCGCCUAGACCAGGAUAUAUGUCUGGUCCUGGGCCUACAUCAGGACAAGGUUAUAUGUCAGAACCAGCAAUGCAUUAUAAGAAUUUAUACAUGCCUGGACAGCAAUACCUGGAUAAACCUGUAGUCACGUCUGGACAGGGUUACACAUCAAGACCAGGUGCUAAUACUGGACAAGAAUACUUGGCCAAACCCACAAUGAUGUCUGGACAAGGAUCUGCACCUCGACCUGGAAUGACCACUACAAAAAUUGGGCUAACACGGACCAUUGGAAUGAACGUAAACCGCCCAAUGCAGAGUGAACCACCGCAGAAUGAAUAUAAUAUGGAAGAUGAAGCCUAUACAGAUCCUAACAUGAAAAUGGCAGCAAUUAAUAAAAGGGCUGCUGAUGAAGGGUUGAAAGGAUGGACAAAGGUUGUGCCAAACCAGUCUUACUACACUCCUCCAGCCCCACCACGAUCUGCCCCUACACCCCCAUCUCGGCCUUCACGUCAGAUGGAUCUUCGUAAUGAGAUGUUCACCCCCAAGCCACAGACCAUUCCGAAAGCUGCUUCCAGCACAGGUCCAAGCCCACUGGAAGGGGUCAAGCUAACAGUGGAGAACCUCCAUCCUGAAGUAUCCGAGGAAGACAUUGUUGAGCUGUUUAGUGCUUAUGGAGCACUCAAGCGCGCCCGCCUGGUCCAGGUUGGCAUUGCGGAGGUUGUAUACGUGCGGAAAGAUGAUGCCAUUACAGCCUAUGAAAAAUACAACAAUCGCUAUCUGGAUGGUCAGCCUAUGAAAUGCCAACUUCACUUGAGCAAACAUGAUCAGCAACCAAACUCUGCUCUCAAACGGUUGAGUGACGGUCCUUCCACCGCAAGCUACAUGCAGCAGACUGCCUGGCGCCAGGAGAGCAAGCGUGCAGCAUCUACUACCGAGCUCGACCCAGACGUCAUCCAGUGGGCACUGUUCAAGUCCACAAGCUCAAAAGCCAACACGUUCCGGCCUACUGCUUUUAACAUAAAAAUUUAAAAUCCACAAGCGGCGCGUGUGUUGUGUGAUGAUUGUGAAAGAGCGAUGUUGUAGAUGUCUGCAUGCUUUCGGGCCUGCAGAUGUAUACAUUCGGUUAUGUUGUAUUCUUUUUCCCAGUAGCAGUAUUGCUGCAGUGUGUUUAUGAACACACAAUUUAUACUUUUGUUUUCCAUUAGCUUCACACGUGAGCCUUGUAAGAAUGGUAAUCUUAUAGCAAAUGACAUUUGAAAAAGCCAGUUGAGAAUAAAACAUUACUAUAAUAAAAUAGAGUAAGAAACAUGCAUUAUUUGCUACCAUCAAGAUACAUAUAUGUACUUUUGUUAGCUGUUAGCUAUGAGUGGAUUGUGAUCGUUUUUAUUCAAAUAAAAUCAUUGAGGUUUGCAUUUUAGGCUUUGUUUCAUGUACAAAAUUUUUUGUUUGAGCACCAUCUGCUGUAUGGCUUAUGCAGCUAGUAGACAAUAUUUAACUUUAUCUUUUUAUCAUACCUGGUCUCACAAAUAUGAAUAGAUUUUUCCACCUUUUCAGCCCGUAAUGGAUACACGUUUGUGUUUUGUCUGCUAUGUUGGUCUUAAGAAAUUAAGCUAAAUAAUGCAAGGUAAAAUAUGAACAGUUUUGUUUGAAAAGUGUGCUAUAAUAAUGCCUGAUCACAAAUUCGUUUCCCUAGCAAAUUGUAUCAUCAUGGGGUAAUUUCUGCUGAGGUUCUAAAUUAAAAUUUGGUUAUAACAUUCCUGUGUUUGAGGGCAAAAAAUUCAUGCAUUUUACUGAAACUUUACCAUUUAUGAGUCCAGUAUCCCCAAGCUCAUGUUAGAGAUCUGGAGAAAAUACCAGCCAGCAAUAUCUCACAACAUGUACUAUGGGAAAGUGUAAUUGCCUCUGAUGAAUAUGAACUGUUGUAAUAUACUUUAUCAGUAAGUUCGUGGAUAAUACCAUAACCUUUUUUCCCAAGGGAUGCAAUUCGCCUUGACGUUCUCUUGAUAACACAUUCUCACAUUAACUUAAAUGGUCCGGACAACAGAACAUUGCUGUGUAUAUUAUACAAGUUUUUGAAUUUUGUAACGUACAGUACUGCAAUGUUUUCCACCUUACCUCUGCUUCGAGUUAAUUUUGUUUCCAGGAAAAAAAUAAACUUUCUUUUGAAUGUUACACAUAUGCUUGAUCUCAUCCAGUCGUGAUAACAGCAUUGAACCUGAUGUUUGUGACUGCUUACCACACUUUUUAAAAGUAUACUUUGACUACUGUAAUUAGUUCUGCAAAAAAUAGUUCUGCAGUAUUGUGAAUGGGGCAGGUGGUAAGGUAUCGUUUUAUUAAAGUUGGGUCUCGGUACAUGAAUGAAAUUGUACGCAUAUCUGUACAGCAAUAACACAUUCUCUAAAUAAAAGUGUGAUCCCAUGCCAAGCCA